AUGAAAAUUGUUCGUUAUGUAUUCCAACUACUUUUUAACUGUACUUUCAAAUUUUUUAAAAUCCAUCUGCUUCUAAUUAAUCCACAAAUGAUUCAAUUAUUGUUUGAUGAAAAUGAAACUAAUAUGCCUUUACAAAUACAUUCUCAAAAAACAGAAAAAAUAUCACUUUGGUACGAGAUUGAUUGUUUAAAUUUUAUUUGGAAUCAUCUGAUUUCUAAUCAAAUUAUUAUUUAUGUUUCUUUUACCCACGAAGAAGAUAUUAUGGACGUUUAUUCUAAAAUUUUGGCAAAUGGAGGAAAUAAAUUUUUGAAUGUUACUUAUGAAUGUCUGAACUCUUUAUUUUACUUUUAUAUAAUAAAGCAUAUCGAAACAUCAGAAGACAUUUCAAAAAUGGUGAAAAGAAUUAAAUUUGUGGAUAUGUAUGGACCUCUAAUUAGAGAAAAUAAUAUUAAAAUCAAAUUUGAAGAAUAUGCUAAACCUAUAAAAUUUCAACUUUCCAAUAAAUACAAUCCAAAAAUUAAAUUUUCUGUAACUAUUAAAAAAAGUGAAGAACAAGACGAAUCUUAUUAUGAAUAUCCUAACGGUGAUGUUGACGGGCCAAUUGUUGACGCUGUAAUUAAGAGAAUUAAUUGAUAAAUUUAUUUAUAGACUUAUUGUUAGGUUGUAGUUUAAUUUAUUUUUUUCGUUUAUUUUUUAGAGUUGGGCCCCGAACGCUCAGGGGCGGUUGUGUCGGGGUGCGGGGUUUUUGAAUUAUUUUGGUGCGGGGAACGGGGUCGGGGCGCAACUCUAAUUUUUUAAAGAUUUCAUUUAAUUUGACUUUUUUGAUAAACAUUUGUGAAGCUUUUUUUGCUUCUUUAAAAGCUAUAUUUCUGUAUGCAUAUUUAAAUUUU